CUUACCGUCACCACGCCGCGAUAUGAAUAAUUCUUAAAUCCAUCAAUACGAAUCCUUAUCUCUCUUCUCAUUCACAAGCAAAGUGAAUAUAGAUAAAUAAUAUUAAAUCGUUAAAAAGUUCAGUCAUCUGUCGCUACGAAUAAUUACAAUUCCAAGCGAGAUUACUCAUGUGAAGGAAAUAUAUAUAUUUUGUUAAGUAACAGAUCUGGAAACAUCUCUGGUCUUCUCUUUAUCCACCAUUCACCUUUUUUUAAUUUUGCCCGACGCCCGACCCAAGGCUUAUAGGUUACGGAAAUAUCCGUCUGUCCAUUUAACGAUUGCGGCCGCAAAAGUUUUAGUGUCAACCCCCCGAAAUGAACCCGUCUCCCGCCCAGCCUCCCUCCGCCCCCACCGAAUCGGAAGCUGAACGUGCAGAGAAGCGAAUCUUGAUCAAGAAACACCUGGUCAUCUUUCUCCAUGCGUUGCUAUGUGGACAGAACGGGGAUCAAUCCACAUCUCAGCCCUGCACGACUCGUGGCUGUGAACGCAUGAAGACCGUUCAGGUUCAUAUGCGUUCCUGCGAAGCGCGUCGAGACUGCACGUACAAUUAUUGCUCCGCGUCCUUUCAGGUUUUGGGUCACUGGAAACACUGCGUCGAUCCGGAUUGUCCGAUCUGCACAUUUGUUCGAGAAGAUCUUUCGACAGAUUUACUGAAAAUAUUUCCGAACCCGGUACACCAGGCGGAAUUCAGGCAAAGAAUUGCCACCCAGCAGGAACGUGUUGAUCGUGGAGAAGACGAAGCUCCUCCGAUGGAAUGGUUGGAGUCAGAAGAAUGAUCAUUUUUGCAAGAAAACUGAUUAUGUUUCUUUUAAUUACAAGUUUUCAAGAUACAAAAUAUUUAGAUUUUAUAUAUAUGUAAGUAUUCGAAAAAAUAUGAAGUUCAAUUAAAUUUUGGAAUAAUG